AUCUCCGAUGGACUGUUCGAGAUGAAACUCGACAGUCAUCUGCAAUCCGUUCCGCAUAGCCCAUUGUUGGCAAUCGAGGAGCCUGUUUUAUCCCUGAUAAAAGCAGCGAUUACUAGGUGGCAGAGUCAACCGCCAAGACACCAGACUUAGUACACGACAUUGAAUGAUUAUUAGCGUCUUUUCAGUAUGCCUGUCGGGGGUGCAACACUUUUGGGCGGCUUGAUGGCUGUACUGACGCCUAGUGUGAAUGUGAGAGCCGGAUUUAGAGCCGGACGCGGUGGCGGCGGAUCCGACCGAACAAGGGCCCGCGCGGGUCCAACAGCAAAACAUCGAUCACUGCGUCAAAACCAUCUGUGGAAUGCAGAUUGUUAUUUAUUGAACGAAGGAUGUCAUCAUGGAUGCAGUACGUCAAGAGAACCCAAAGGACGAUGCCUGCAACUACGAACUCAGAAGUUCACCGAUCCUAACAAAGCGCUACAUACUGAAGCCACUAGGAGAGGCGAUAAAAAUCCCUUUUGGGACGUCCCCUUGAUUCAGUGCGCUGCGAUAUACCAGCACGCACGGCCCCAUAUAUAUAUAUGACUUUGGCUUCAGUCCUCACUCUAUACCUUCAGUCUUAGGAUUAUGGAAUCAACUAGGCUUUUCCUUGA